CACUAAUGUUUAUGCAGAUAUUCUAUUGCGUAAAUAGCGGGUGGCAUCACUUUAUUUAAUUUAAAACAGCUGAUUGAAUGUUUUUGUGGGUGUAUCAUUAACAAAUUGUUUUGAUACAAAUUAAGAAACUUAUUAACGGAAAUAGUUGCAGCAAGCAACAAAUUUGUAAAAUUGUGAUAAUAUGGCUGAAUUAAAUAUUACAACAUUUACUUACAAAUAUAAAGGACAUGAUGGGAAAGACUUAGAAGUAGCUCUUGAUAUUACCUUGCCGUAUGAGAAUGAAAGCUUGGAAGAGUUAGUAACACAACUAUUGGGACAAAUGGAUCCUAUGAUGCGAUAUUUAGAUGAAAACGAAGCACUUGCAGUAUCGUUAAAAAAAUUUAUUGAUGAGGAAAAUCAAAAGUACUUGGACAAUUAUGCCGCUAAUCUAAUAUCAAAAGUAAGUAACGAGGAAUUAGACUUAGAAAAGGUUAUACGUGACGUAGAACGCCACUAUAAGGAAGAACUAAUACAAUUUGCAGACCGCAUAGGUCCAACAGAUGAAGACAUUUUUGCGCAAAGUUUUCACAGAUUGGUCCAUUCAUCCUCAUUAGAAGAAAUACUCAAACGUGAGCGUAGUUAUGCAAAAGUGAUUGCUGAUAUGACGAAUCAAAUGGACUUAGAAGUAGAAACGUUAAACUCUUCACAUCAAGAUGAAAUGGAAUCACAAAUUAAUCAAUUAGACAUAACUACAACUUCGGAAGAUAUAAAUAAUUUAUUAGCUCAACAAUACUUGACGCAAAAUUAUGUACGUCAGCGUUAUGAAUCUGAACUACAAGCAAAAAAGGGUCAUCAGAAAAAUGAAUAUCGUAACUGGAUAACAAGUCAGGUUAGCCAAAUAUUUCAAACAUCACCAGUGGCUACACCACUCGGAAAUCGUUCGUCAAUGUUUGUGUCGCAACAACCGUCAAUGGAGGAAAGCUUUACCAUACAUUUAGGUUCACAAUUAAAACAUAUGCAUAAUAUAAGAAUUCUCAGUGCAAAUGUUACUGACUUAUGUAGUCCUUUGCACAUUGAUGAGAGCCUCAAUGGUUUAAAUAUGGCUUUGGGACUUUAUUCCAGUUCACUUUGUGGUGUUGUAGUAUUGACACCAUCUCUACAAGCACAGGUUAAUAAAAAUAUUAUUAAAAAUGCAAAUAUGUCUACAGAAUUCCAUUUUGAUCAGAUCGAUGAUCAGUUGGAAAAAAUUGAAAAAGAAAUUCAUAUUUUAAAUAUUGAUGAUUCGAAUACACCUAGUACAAAUAGUACGAUUAGCACCGAAAUAACGAGCACUCCAGCUAGUAGCAUAAGUAAUGGUAGUCUUAAUUCUACUCCUACUAAAACUUCUAAAAAUAAACUUAAAACUGGUGAUUUUUUUAUAACGAAACACUCAAAUCUUUCCCAGUCACACGUUAUAUUUCAUUUAAUAUCAGACGAACCCGUCAAUAGUACAAGUGACAUUAAUUCCAGACAUCCUGUCAUAUUGGGUUUACGCAACAUCUUAAAAACUGCGAGCAGACACGAUGUCACUACUUUAACAAUACCCGCUUUGCUGCGGCACGAAAUGUCAGAGAGCAUGACAGUGCAAUGGUGCAUGCGGCGUGCAGAGUUAGUUUUUAAAUGCGCUAAAGGUUUCAUGAUUGAAUCCGCUUCUUGGGGUGGAGCCGAACUAAGUACUCUGCAACUUCUUUUACCACACGAUAUUUCGGAAGAGCUGUUUACUACAUUAGCAGGAAUGGUACCCAAUGUUUUUCGUGUUGCUAAUCCUAAAAUUCUAGUAGAUAAUCAUAAGUAAUAUUUCUUAGACUAUGGUAAAUAUUAAUCACAUGCAUUAAG